CUUGGGGCCACGUGUUGCGGGCGCCAAGAUGGCGGCGGCGGCGGCGGCGGCGGCGCAGCGGGGAGGGGGCGGCGGAGGGGGCGGAACCACCGCGGCGGCCGCGGGGGGGGGGGCGCGGGGAGCGGCGGCGGCGGCGGCGAGGGGGGGGGCGGCGGCGACGGCUGCAGAGAGCCCGACCCCCCCCCGGGCGGAGGGGCCUCGUCGGAUCAGAUCAUGAGGACGGGGGCGCUGCUGCUGCGGGGGUUCAUCCGGGACCGCGUGGAGCGCUGCGGGGACGCGGCCGCGCUCGCCCUGGGCCGGGCGGAGCUGGGGGCGGAGCCGGAGGCGGAGCCGGGGCCGGGGCCGGGGCCGGGCCGGGCCCAGCCCGACACGAAGCGGCUCAGCGAGUGCCUGCGGCGCAUCGGGGACGAGCUGGACCGCAACGCGGAGCUGCAGCGGAUGAUCGCAGAUGUGGGGUGCGAGGCCCCCAAGGAGCUCUUCUUCAAGGUGGCCACUGAGAUGUUCUCCGACGGCACCUUCAACUGGGGCCGCGUCGUCGCCCUCUUCUAUUUCGCCUGCAAACUGGUGCUCAAAGCGCUCUGUGCCAAGGUCCCGGAGCUGGUUCGGACCAUCCUGGGCUGGACCAUGGAGUACCUGAGGGAGCACGUGCUGGGCUGGAUCCAGGCGCAGGGAGGAUGGGACGGGCUCCUGUCGUCCUCGGUCACCCCCUCCUGGCAGACUGUCACCAUCUUCGUUGCGGGGGUGCUCACCACGUCCCUCACCAUAUGGAAGAUGUCCUAGACAUGGGGGGGCCCCCAGCGACCCCCCCCAAGCAUCCCCCCCAUUGAUUCCCCCCAAUGAUUCCCCCCAAUGAUUCUCCCAAUGACUCCCCCUUAACAUCGCCCCCCCCCCAACCCUUAACAUUGGGGGACACCCCAACAGUGGGUAAAUUGGGGGGGGUGCCCCAUUCCAACCCCAUCAUUCCCACUGUUGGGGUCCCCUUUUUUGGGGGGGCACCUCCAGAGCUUCCCCACCCCCUGUAUAAUGAAUAGGGGGUGGGGGGUGUCACUGUGACCCCCCCCAAAUGGGGUUAUUGGGGGGGGCGGCUGCAGGUCGGGUAUUUAUUGGGGUCCCCCCCCAAAUACCCCCCCCCGAUGUGCAAUAACCCCCCACAGGACCCCUUUAACCCCCCCCUUGGUGCCUCUAUGGGGGGGGAACCCCCUUUGUACCCCUCUAUUGACACAAUCAAUGUCCCAAAGGUGCUGCGACCCCCCCCUUCUCCUUUGACCCCCCCUUCGGAGGGGGGGUGACGUCAUGGUGUGAUGACGUCACGGGGAGCCCCCUCCCCCCUUUUGUGAUUGAUUUUCUUGCUCUUC